GCCUGGAGCUGCCGCGGGCGGGCGGAGAGGGCGGACCCUGCUCUAGCGGGCCGCGUAGCGGACAUGGCGGGCUCCCGGCUCCCGCGGCGGCUCUUCCUCCAGGGCGUGGCGGCCGUCUUCAUGUUCGCCUUCGCUUCCCUCUACACGCAGAUCCCAGGCCUGUAUGGCCCUGAGGGCAUCCUACCUGCAAGGAAGACGCUGCGGCCGCAGGGCAAGGGCCGCUGGCAGCAACUGUGGGAGACCCCCACGCUGCUGUGGGAAGCGCCGAGACUGGGGCUGGAUACGGCCCAGGGCCUGGAGCUUCUGAGCCUGCUGGGCGCACUACUGGCCCUGGGGGCCCUGCUGCUGAGCCCACUGCGUCACCCCGUCGUCUACCUGCUGCUGUGGGCUGCCUACCUUUCGGCCUGCCAGGUGGGCCAGGUGUUCCUUUAUUUCCAGUGGGACUCCCUGCUGCUAGAGACUGGCUUCCUGGCCGUGCUGGUGGCCCCGCUGAGGCCAGCCUCCCACCGCAAGCAGGCCCCCCAGGGCGGGCAGGCAGGGGCCCUGCCCCAUGAAGACCUCCCCUUCUGGCUAGUGCGCUGGCUGCUGUUCCGCCUCAUGUUCGCCUCAGGCGUGGUCAAGCUGACCAGUCGCUGCCCCGCGUGGUGGGGGCUCACUGCCCUCACCUACCACUACGAGACCCAGUGCCUGCCCACGCCCGCCGCCUGGUUCGCACACCACCUGCCUGUCUGGCUCCACAAGCUCAGCGUGGUGGCCACCUUCCUAAUCGAGAUCGCCGUGCCGCCCCUGUUCUUCGCCCCCAUUCGACGCCUGCGUUUGGCUGCCUUCUACUCGCAGGUGCUGCUGCAGGUCCUGAUUAUCAUCACUGGCAACUACAACUUCUUCAACCUGAUGACGCUGGUGCUCACCACUGCGCUGCUAGACGACCAGCACCUGGCUGCUGAGCCUGGCCAUGGCAGCCGCAAGAAGACGACCACCUCCUGGCCCAAGGCCCUGCUGGCCACACUGUCGCUGCUGCUGGAACUAGCCGUUUACGGGCUUCUAGCCUAUGGCACUGUGCACUACUUUGGCUUGGAGGUUGACUGGCAGCAGCGCACCAUCCACUCCAGAACCAGUGAGUGCCGACUUGGGGGGGGCCAGAGGGCAGGGGCGGACCAGUCCUCACACCCCCCUUCUCCGCCAGCUUUCACCUUCCACCAGUUCUCUCAGUGGCUAAAGACACUGAUGCUGCCCACCGUGUGGCUGGGUGUGGCCUCCCUGGCCUGGGAGCUGCUGAGUGCCCUCUGGAGGUGGACCCAGGUGCGGGGCUGGCUACGGAAGUUCAGUGCUGCAGUCAAACUGUCCCUUGUGAGCACUGCGACUGUGGCCUUGUUCUUGAUCAGCCUGGUGCCGUACUCCUACGUGGAGCCCGGGACCCACGGGCGCCUCUGGACUGGGGCCCACCGCCUGUUUGGCGCCGUGGAGCACCUGCAGCUGGCCAACUCCUACGGCCUCUUCCGCCGCAUGACCGGGCUUGGUGGGCGGCCUGAGGUGGUGCUGGAGGGCAGCUACGAUGGCCACCACUGGAUGGAGAUCGAGUUCAUGUACAAGCCUGGGAACCUGAGCCGGCCUCCCCCAGUUGUGGUGCCCCACCAACCACGCCUGGAUUGGCAAAUGUGGUUUGCAGCCCUGGGCCCGCACACACACAGCCCGUGGUUCACAAGCCUGGUCUUGCGCCUGCUGCAGGGCAAGGAGCCAGUGAUCCGCCUCAUCCAGAGUCAAGUGGCCAGGUAUCCCUUCCACAAGCAGCCGCCCACCUACGUCCGAGCCCAGCGCUACAAGUACUGGUUCUCCCAGCCUGGAGAGCAAGGCCAGUGGUGGCGGCGCCAGUGGGUGGAGGAGUUCUUCCCACCCGUGUCCCUGGGAGACCCGACGCUGGAGACACUGCUCAGGCAGUUUGGGCUGCAGGACAAGAGCCCACCCCGGGCCCGCAGUGCCAACAGCACUCUGGCCCAGGCCCUCCACUGGACUCGCACUCAGCUGUCUCCUCUGGAGGCCCCCGCCCUGCUCUGGGGGCUCCUCGUGGCCAUAGGGGCUGUCAGAGUUGUGCAGGCCCUGCUAGCACCCUGGUCUCUCCGGUCCUCCCCCCUGGCACCAGCCAGCGGGGAGAAGCGCAGGCCAGCCCCCCAUAAAGACUCUGGAGCUGCCUCCGAACAGGCCACCCCAGCCCCCAACCCCUGUACCAGUAGUUCUCGGACCGCCCGGCGAAAGAAGUAGCUGUUUUCUCCCGGCCGCGCAUCCUGAGAGGGUUGGGUCCCUGGGACUGCUCUGGCCUCCGGCAGGACAGGACCCAGCCACUGUGCCUUAGCUGACCCUGCAGGGCCGGGCACAGGUUGGGGGGCUGCCCCUGGGGUUUGCAGGGUGCUGCAUUGAGGGCUCCAGGCCCCACCCCCACGCCAGCCACGCCCCUCCCCAGGACUCCCACUGUUGCCUCUGUGAUUGGCCCAGGAGGGAAACACGACCCAGCUCAAGACCCCUGGGCUGUGGGGGUCUGAGUCUGGAACCCCCACCCCAGGCCCCAUGCCGGAGGGGAAGAGGCUGACUCUCAGGGAAAGAGGGGAAGCACCGUCAUCUUCCACGUCAUCUUCACACCAGCCCAUCCUGCCCUUUAGAUCUGGGCACCAAUAAAGGAGUCUUUUGUGCUUGGC